CCAAACACAACGUCAUGUGAACGUGAUCGUUUUUAACUUCACUUUUCACACAAUAUACACACCUAAACGUUUAGCUAUUCGCCCCAAUGUAAUAGCAAACAAACGUUGGGUGCGCGUGCAUACAAUAUCAACAGGAUUGUAUAAUUUUUACACAAACGUGUAGCGUAAAUGAAGGAAAGUCGAUUGCAAAUUUGUGCUCCACGUAGUCACGCGUUACCGUAAACAAGCUCGCGCACAGUAAAGCCGUUUUCGUUUAAUUUCCUCAUCAUUUUAGUAAAAUAUCACGGAAUUACAUCGUGUUGAAUAUUAUCACUCUGUCAAGCACUUUGUUUGUUUAAAGGGUUUAUUUGCUGGUUAUUGUUACCGGGUGGAGGUGAACAGGAAUGUGAAGUUGGCAUCGAUAAGCAAACUCAACCGACAGAAACAGCGGCUGUGAUGUUUGUAGGAUCAUCAUAGGAUGUAGAUGGAUCAGAUUUUAGUUUUCAUUGACUUUUAAAACUGAUCGCAGGUAUGUCUGAUAGUAAUUGGAGAGUGUUUUGAGCAGGAUUGUUAAGCGUUUAAACUUGUUGCGUUAAACGACAGCUUGUUCAGGCAUGUUAACCGUAGCCGUUUCGCCUGAGGUAAAUGCUUUUAAAGCUACCUAAUGUAUAAAACUAUUUAAAAUCAUAUCGCCAACGUGAAUAUAUUUUUUAACUUGCUAAAUGUAGUUUAUCUAUUAAAUUAUUUUUAGUAACGAUUGUUAAUUGAAUAGCUUUUUGUCAUUGAGCGAUUUGGUCGGGUGUGCCCAACUACAAUAGUUUGUUCCGAUUCAAUUUGACUUAAAGUGACACACACACCUCGAUACAGGUUUGUUUAGGUUUCUUUACACAAAUAUAACACUGUAUGUAACUUUAACUACUUUAAUGUUUAGUAUAGGUGCAGUGUUACACGAUAUGUGCCAUACAUACAUUUUAGUCGUAAUUUGUACUUAAUGUGUAUAUAAAAGGGUAAUGCUACAAUCACUAACUGUAAAUGAUUAUAUUAGCAUAACCUAUAGACUGACACUUUAAUGUUUUAGCUUCUUAGCACAGUACAAAGUAAUAGUACAGGCAUGACAGCUGUUGUAGGUCGAGUUUGGGGGUGGGUAAGUCCAACCAAUCUGUACUCCACCUGGGGCAGUAAGACCAAACCAGAAAAAACCCCAACAACUGAAAAUCUGACUAAAAACAAGUGGGGAUUAUGGGGUCUCACUUCCUGGGUUUGGAGGAGUGAGAAAGCUGCAAACCAAAAGAUAAUGAAUGAGGAAUUCUGGGAUACAGUGGAAAAUGUCAAGCCUUUGGAAAUCGAGGAGUUGAGGGUGAUCAGACCCGAGGUUGAGAUCGAAAAAGUAUCGACCCGAAGCUCUUCAAGCUAUUGGAAGUGGUUGCGUCCAUCCAGCUACAUUUUUUGGCCUAGGUGGUCUAUGCCCACUGCGCUCGGGCAUCAAAAAUGUGCCAGUAAGUUGGAGUCUGAUGAAGUCGAUGGGGAGUCGAACUAUGGGACACCUCCGCCAUCCCCUACGCCUCUGUCCCAGGGACAAGCAGCAUUCCAGUUCUUCUCUCGCUCGUGGUCUGGUGAAGUUCAGCCUGAACACUACGAGGUUUGCUUCAACUUCCUUCGCCACCUCUUUGACUUGUUUGUGGUGGGCUUCCUGACAACCGUGUCCCCUCCGACCAAGGUCAUUUUGGAUGUUCUGGGGGUCCAGGGGGCCCUGAAACUGUGGCUUCAUGGCAUGGCCAUGUUUCUUGUAGCAUCUGUUGGGAUGGCUGGACUGCUGUGGGUGGUGCAGGAGUAUCUGCUUCAUUUUGCCUUGAUGUAUGGCAUCGUGCAAGCUCUGGUCAUCUCUGUUAGCGUACGCCAGAGUGAACCUGUGGACGAGGUGGAUGAUGGGAAAGGCGAUGAUGAAGCUGAGGAGGAGAACAAAGACACUUUGGAGCAGAAUGACACACAGCAAAUGGUCGAAACCAAGAAGUUAAAAUGAGAAGCUUUGGUCAUAGGUUGCAGAUUACAGGACUGACCAAAGCUGACCUCAGCACCCCACAAAGCCAAUGAGGGAUUAAAGAAGGCCAUUAAUGUACCAGCACCUCUUUUUCUCCCCUAAUGGAAGAUUUUAUUUUCCUCACGUUAAAUGUAAUAAUUUAAUGCACACCAGCAAAUGAUGAUGAACUUCAGUCAGGAGACGGCCUGCACAAUGCACGUUGGUCGAACCUAAAUAUACAGAAAUGAAGAACCAGCAUUGAUGAAAUGAUUGUUUGGGAGUUGUGUUGACACAAGAAAAACUGCUUUAAGAAAAGAUUAUCAGUUGAAUUUUUGCUUUAUUUUAUAUGGAGAUUAAGAGCUGGUGACUUCACGUACUGUGCAUCUGCAUGAGUCACUUUAUUCGUGGUUAACAGUUUUCUCUAAAAUCAUCUUUGGAUUGUUCAUUUCCUGUAUGAAGCAUAUGUUCUGUUACGUUUAAUGGAUCAGAUCCAUUAUAGCUCAUUAUAACUUAUUAGUCAACUUUAUCAUUGAAACUCUUAAACCACUUAUAUAUACAGCAAGCAAAUAAUUGACCACUACAUUACUCUAUAACCUUUUCUUUAAUUCAUCCUCAUUUAACUUUUAAAAGUGGGUACAUAGUUUGUUUAAUAUACUAUUCUUAUACUUCUAGGUGUGUCAUGAGAACCACUGCAUUUGAAUUAUAUGUAUUUGUUUUUAAUGUCCUGUCCAGGUCAAGUUCAUUGUUCUCAUCCAUUUAUAUUUCAGUUUUCAUAUUGCUAUCAUGAAUGCUUCUGUUGUGCCUAACAGUACCCGGUACAUCGGCCAGUUCAUGUAGAUUUAUGGGUGAUUUUGCACAAGCGUGUACUGACAGCUGAAUAUCUAAUGCUUUGUUGCACAUGUCUAGCUUGCUUGCAAUGAUAGCUUUCUUCUACUGAUCGUGUUUCACAGCUAAUGCUAUGCAUGAUUAGCACAAUGAUACUCUCGGGCAAUGAAAAGCUUUGUAACUUAUUAAAUGCCUAAAUGUC